AUGGAUAGCCACUGCAUCAUUGGAGAGAUGUUCCUUGAAUAUUUAAAAGGAGCUUGUAAAGAAAAUGGUGAACUGAGUGGUACGGCACUCGGCGACUUCUGCAGCAGCACAAGAGAACAAUGCUGUGAGGAGAUUGAACAAGUUGCGAGGCCAUUUCCUGACAACGAAAGUGAUGGGCAUCAUUACCUUCCUUUGUCUAAAAACCCAGCAAACAACAGGCUUGUCGAUGAUUACAUGCCAAGGGUACAGCUGAAAGCAGAAUACGCAUCAGGGCAGUGCUCCUUGGAUAAUCCCACCAGUAUCUCGAAAUUCUCAAGAGAAUUUGUUGCGGCUGAGGGAUGCGUGAAAGACUAUCUGGAGCAUUUGACAUUACUCGAUCUUAAGAAAGACAAAAGAAAGAAGCUGAGGUAAGCAAGACAUACCAAGAGUAUGAUUGGAAUGCAACGUUUAAAGAUGGCUCCCUUAGUAAGCAGACAAUAGCCGUUAUCGAUAAAUACUUGAAGCAUCACGGUCUUCGCACUGCAUCAAACAAGCAUGCAAAGCUAUUGGAGGUGCAAAGGCACAUUAUUCAACAAUAG